CAGCUCCCCCUUUGGCAUUGUCUGAUUGGAGCGUAGUUUGGUGUCCCCCACCCGCGCGAGCCAUGCCGUCCGAGGGCCGCUGCUGGGAGACCCUGCAGGCGCUGCGCAGCUCCAGCAAAGGACGCCUGUGCUACCACCGCGACUGGCUGCUGCGGGGCGAGGAUGUGUUGGAAGAAUGCAUGUCUCUUCCCAAGCUGUCAACUUACUCUGGAUGGGUGGUUGACCAUGUCCUGCCCUACACGCACGAGGAUGCACCCACCUCAGAGACGUCUCUAUCCUCGGGGUCCUCCUCCGGCCUAGACCAGCCCCCGCCCGAUUCCAGGUCGUUCCCAUCGACAUCCCCCACCACACCAAAUGGGGUCAAGGACAGACACGAGUCCCAGCACACGGAGUCUAUGGCACUUCAUUCAGCCCGGGGGAUCAGAGUUGAGGGAUGCAUUCGAAUGUAUGAAGAAGUGCACAGAAUGAAAGGGGCGGAAGGCCUGAGGCAGUGGCAGGAGGAGCAGGAGAGGAAGGUGCGGGCCCUCUCAGAAAUGGCUUGUGAGCAACUGAAGCGCUUUGAUGAGCGGAAGGAGCUGAAGCAGCAUAAAGAGUUCCAGGACUUACGGGAAGUGAUCGAGAAGAGCACCAGAGAAGCCCUGGGGCACCAGGAGAAACUAAAAGCUGAACAUCGUCACAGAGCCAAGAUCCUCAACCUGAAGCUGCGGGAGGCCGAGCAGCAGCGCCUGAAGCAGGAGGAGCAGGAGCGGCUGUGGAAGGAGGAAGGCCAGGUGCGCCUGCGCAGCCUCUAUGCCCUGCAGGAGGAGGUGCUGCAGCUCAACCAGCAGCUGGAUGCCUCGGAGCAGCCCAGGGACCUGCUCAAAGUCGACCUGGCUGCCUUCCGGACCCGUGGCAACCAGCUCUGCAGCCUUGUGUCCGGGAUCAUUCGGGCCUCAUCGGAGAGCGGCUACCCGACCUCAGAGAACCAGGCUGAAGCCGAACAAGCCCUGCAGGAAAUGCGCAACCUCCUUAUGACCCUGGGGCAGGAGAUUGCCAGAGCCUGCGAAGACAAGAAGCAGCAGGAGGAGAAGGAGGCCCAGGUCAGGCUGCAGGAAGCCCAGAGGCAACAGGGGCAGCAGGCCCGGCAGGAGGCCUCAGCUCCCAGCCAGGGCCUGGCAGAUAAGCCACAGGAAGCUCUGCAGGUGAAGGUGCAAGACAGUACAAUGCAGUGGUACCAGCAGCUGCAGGAGGCUUCUGACCAGUGUGUGAGGGCCUUCGAGGGCCUGACCAGCAGCAAGGACAGCCAGGCCAAAAAGAUCAAGAUGGACCUCCAGAAAGCGGCCACCAUCCCAGUGAGCCAAAUCUCCACCAUUGCAGGCUCGAAGCUGAAGGAGAUCUUUGACAAGAUUCACAGUCUGCUCUCUGGGAAGCCUGUCCAGUCUGGCGGGCACUCCGUGUCCGUGACACUUAGCCCGCAGGGGCUGGACUUUGUCCAGUACAAACUGGCGGAGAAAUUUGUGAAACAAGGUGAGGAAGAAGUGGCCUCUCAUCACGAAGCUGCCUUCCCCAUCGCCGUGGUGGCUUCUGGGAUCUGGGAGCUCCACCCAAGGGUGGGGGACCUCAUCCUUGCCCACCUGCACAAGAAGUGCCCAUACUCGGUCCCUUUCUAUCCGGCCUUCAAGGAGGGGAUGGCCUUGGAGGACUAUCAGAGGAUGCUUGGCUACCAAGUGAAGGAUUCCAAGGUAGAGCAGCAGGACACCUUCCUCAAACGCAUGUCUGGCAUGAUCCGUCUCUAUGCGGCCAUCAUCCAGCUCCGUUGGCCGUACGGAAACCGACAGCAGACUCACCCUCAUGGUCUAAAUCAUGGCUGGCGCUGGUUGGCACAGAUCUUGAACAUGGAGCCUCUGUCAGACGUGACCGCCACUCUUCUCUUUGACUUCUUGGAGGUGUGUGGGAACGCCCUCAUGAAGCAGUAUCAGCUGCAGUUCUGGAAGAUGAUUCUUGUCAUCCGAGAUGAGUACUUCCCCAGGAUUGAAGCCAUCACCAGCUCGGGCCAGAUGGGCUCCUUCAUUCGCCUCAAGCAGUUCCUCGAGAAAUGUCUGCAGCGCAAGGAGAUUCCUGUUCCCAAGGGCUUUCUGACCACCUCCUUCUGGCGCUCCUGAUGGCUGCAGCACCCUCCACCUCCACUGGGCACGAAGAGGCACUAAUAAAGCCAGAAGACAGCA